CAAUUUGAUAAUGAAUUAUCUGAUUCGUUCAAUCCUAUUUCCGAAUCCAACCAUAUACAACUAGAUGAAAUAAAUGACGAUGAUUUGUUAAUUGAAGAAAUUAUCGAUCUUUCAAACCCGGCUUUUAUCAGUAAUAAUGAUUCAUUUAUUGAAGAACAAAACAAGGUCUCAAAUAAUAUGGCUCGAUGGUCGGCUUCGGGAAACCAUGAUUAUAAUCCAGCAAGAUUAGUAGCACAAAUAUUUAAUGAGAAAGAAUAA